AUGCGAAACCCUACACCUGAUGAAUUGGCCCGAAUACUGCAUCAAAAUGAACAACGUGUUUUUCCAGGCAUGAUAGGCAUCAUUGAUUGCAUGCAUUGGGAAUGGAAGAACUGUCCAACGGCUUGGAAAGCGCAGUACGCCUGUAGGAACAAGAAAGCAACGCUAAUACUGGAAGUCGUUGCAGAUCAGGAUUUAUGGAUAUGGCAUUCCUUCUUUGGUAUUCCUGGAUCUUGUAAUGACCUUAAUGUCUUAUACCGUUCACCAGUGUUCGAUGAGGUUCUGCAUGGUCGAGCUCCUCCGGGAAAUUUUACAGUUAACGGCCAUGAAUACAACAUGGCAUAUUACUUAGCCGACGACAUUUAUCCGAAGUGGGCAACUUUUGUUCAGGGUAACACAACCCCUCAACUUCAGAAAGAUAAAAUGUUCGCUGACCACCAGCCUGCUGCUCGAAAGGACGUUGAAAGAGCAUUCGAUGUUUUGCAAGCUCGAUUUGCAAUAAUACGAAAACCGUCACUGGCGUACGAUGAGGACAUACUGCGGGACAUAAUGAAAGCAUGUAUCAUUAUUCACAACAUGAUUGUUGAAGAUGAGCGUCACAACUACAUUCGAGCCGAAGUUCUAAGAGCCUUCUACGAAGAAGAUCAACAAGAAUUAACACUAGCAUCAACGUCUACAACGCCACCGUUUGAAUUCAACGUAGGCCGACCUACCAACUUUGACUUCGACGCAUUUCUACAGCGAAAAGCUUCCCUCCGUGAUAGAGAAAUUCAUCUAUCUCUGAAACGUGAUUUAGUCGAACAUAUUUGGCAACGAUACGGGCCACGUAAUUAG